AUGAUCUUGCGCACUGACGUGGGCCGAAAGUCAGCGGCAGCAGCUUUGCCUGGGCGGAGGGUCCACAAAAGCCGCUGGUUCCGUUUGGCCGGACGGAUGGCGGCAUGCUGGGUUGUUUGGGCCUCGUGCUUCCAACCGGUGCCGCUCACCUACGUGGGGAAAACCGGCACUCCAUUCCAAGUCCGACACUGGAAGUCGUGGAGCACUACCAUGCUGGUGCGAGAGAAGAAGGGUUCCCUGUCGCGAAAGAAUGGCAAUGUUAAGGCACCAGGAGGUGGGAGGUCUCGCGCCUCCUCAUCUUCACCAGGAGGUGCCAAGGCAGCAAUGAUCUUGACCCGCAGAAUCAACAAGGCUUUGACAGCUGCAGAGUUGCUGGAUGUGUUGAGCGAGGCGGUGGUAUUUCCUGACUUUAACGAAUUCCACAUCUCAGCUGCAUAUCACACGUUGGCAACGUUUCAUCAGAAGAAGUUGCUGCUGCCAGUUUGUGCUGAAAGCCCAGUGCUGCCCAAGCUCCAUGCACGUGCUGAGGAGAGGAUCAAGUCGAGACAAAUCGAUCCACGGGGUUCUGCCAACGUGCUGUGGGCAAUGGCAGUGCUGCUUGAGGCAAUUCCCAGCACAACUUCUUUGCUUCCUGUUUUGAUGAACGUGUUUCCAGAGAAAGCACCUGGCAUGAAAGCACAAGAAUUGGCCAACUGUGUUUGGGCAUCAGCGCAGUUGAAGGAUGUCGCUCCUGAGGUGCUGCAAGUCGUGCCAGCACUCAUUGCCCAAAUUCCAAGUAAAGUUCCUGCCAUCUUCAGAGCAAUGCAGAAGAGCCCAGAAGAGCGAAUGAGAGCAGCGCAAGAGGUCCAAGUGCAGGAGCAGCUGGCUUGUCGCUACCGCUUCGACAUCUACCGUUUGGGCUGGUACCAGGGCCUGGGCGCCCGGCUGGUGGCCACCCUGCGGCCCUUCGUCCAGCUGCCGCAAGAGCAGCCGGAGUGCUACAAGGAGCUGCCGUGUGCGUGCGAUGAUGAGACUUUGCUGGUCGAUUGCGGCACGUGGUCCAGGAGCGGUGCCUGGGUCAUCCCCACCGACACGGUGCCGGGCGUCUUCCUGGCGCGCCUCGUGCUGGAGGACGCGCCGGACGCCUGGCGCUCGGACGCCUCGGAGAUCGCGCCCAGCAGCAAGUUCGCCAACAAACAUUGGGACUACCGCCGCAUGCCUCCCUGUGGUGAGACGCCCUGCGCAGCGGAGCUGCAUGCCUAUGGCGCUCAGCGACAUCGGCAGAAGACCAUGCUGCGCAAUGCGCUGCGGGAACCCCAUGCCUCGCACAUUUACUUUGUGAUCCGACAGGAUGCGCGCAAGACGGACAUUUUGCUUCAAACCAUCGAUACUACCUGGCGAGCCUACAACAACUACAUGGCGCCCUCGACCUACGGUGUGCUGCCCUUGCCGCGGCACAACUUCAGUAUCCCAGAGUCCUGGCAAAGCCGCAGGGCCUACAAGGUCUCGUACAAUGCCCCACUGGUCACGCGGGACACCCGGGCAGUGAAUACCCUGUUCAAUGCGGAGAUGCCUGCGAUACGCUGGUUGGAACGCCAUGGUUUCGACGUGCAAUACUGGACUGGCCUAGACGCGCACCUUCAAGGGGCGGAGAUUUCCAAGCGUGCCAAGGUGUAUGUUUCGGUGGGGCAUGACGAGUAUUGGUCUGGCGAGCAGCGGCGACAUGUGGAGCGCGCGCGAGACGCAGGUGUUCAUCUUCACUUCUGGAGUGGCAACGAGGUCUACUGGAAAAUCCGCUGGGAGACGUCGCCCGUAGACGGCAUGGCGGGGCGGACCAUGGUCGUCUACAAGGAGUCGCAGGAAUCCUUCAAGAUCGACCCCGAGAAGAAGCUUUGGACUGGAACCUUUCGAGACAGCAAAGAGUUUAACCCGGAAGGCGCCGACCCGGAGAACGCCCUCACCGGCACCAUCUUCACGGUCAACGCCUGGCGCCACGAUGCCUUAGAAGUGCCUGGCGUCUAUGCCCAGCUCCGGGUGUGGCGCCACACGCCGGUGGCCACGCUGAAGCCCACGCAGAGGGCGGUGCUGUUGAAGGGGCUCCUGGGCCACGAGUGGGACGAAGACGUGGACAACGGUGUGCGGCCGAAGGGCUUGAUCCGCCUCAGCGAGACGAAGGUCGACAACGUCCAGGCCAUCGUGGACCAUGGUGCUUGCUUCGAUUCUGGCAGUGCCACACACCACCUCACUUUGUACAAAGCCGCCAGCGGAGCGCUGGUCUUUGGCGCUGGCACGGUGCAAUGGGCUUGGGGCCUCGACCCGAUGCACGACUCGGUGACGGGUAUGAACAACAUGUGGGAGAGCGAGUACAACACUCGCAUCGGCGUAGACCCUUCUGGUCCGGAGCCUGCCGUGCAGCAAGCCACUCUGAACCUCUUUGCGGAGAUGGGUGUGCAAGCGCCGAUCUUGGGCGAGGGCAUGGUGCGUCCAUCCCCGUCCAAUGACACCGAGCCGCCAACGAUCGCCUGGACCGAGACGCGCCAGACGCGGGCUGGUUCGGCGCGCUUGGUCGUGCAAGCCGCAGACCGCGGGGGCGGGACAGUGGCGGCAGUGGAGUGGUCCAAGGGCGAUGGCCGCUUCCAUCCCAUGGACCGAAACUUAGCGAUGUCGGAGCAAUGGAUCAUGGAGAUCCCAGCGGAUGGAGGCGAGCUCCGCUUCCGCGCCAUCGACGACUCGCUGAACAUCGGCGAGGACCGCAGCUGGACGCCCGCGGCGAAGCGAAGCGGAGAGCUUUGA